UAUACGCAGGACUCUUGCUUAAGAUGCAUAUUGGAUUCUGGGUUACGUUUGCUCUUUUUCUCAAGCUGUCGUCCAGUACAUACGUAUGUGACCCAAAUUGUAUAUGUGACAGUGGAGUUAUGAACUGCAACAAUAAGCCGUCAGCAAUCGUACGGAUACCUAGAUCUAUUCCAAAGGACUGCAGAGAACUUCUACUGGAAAACUGCGGUAUUGAGAGGUUACGUAAAGAUGAUUUUAGAAAUUUGGAACAAUUAGAAGUAUUAAACCUCAAAGGUAAUCAGAUUAAUGACAUUCAUCCACAGGCUUUCCAAAAUUUAUUUCACCUGAAAAAACUGUUGCUGCAGGACAACAAAAUAGCAACCAUCAAGGUGGGUUACUUCCAGAACUUGGCAAGUAUUGAUUUAAUUAACUUGACGUCAAACCGUAUAGAAAGUGUGGAACACCAUGCAUUCGCUACGCUUCCUACAACAAAUAGUGUGGCGGUAUUAAUGGGAGAUAAAUGGAAGUAUUGCUCAUGCGCCAAAAAUAAUAGCAAUGAAGGUUGUGGCAGUAAGUGUAGCUCCAGUGAUGGUACGAAAUGUGCAGAUGCACAUGAUUACUAUGAUGGCACAUUCGACUGCAGGAAGACGUUUUGCGGUUUAAAUUCGAAUUCUGACUGUGUCAAGGUGUAUCAGUGUCCAUCACAAAUGAUGGCAUGUAUGACCUCCAUCAGACGCAUCAAAGAACACGGCCAGUUGCACGUCAUACAUGGCUGCGAUGACUACGAUCUGUGCCUGCUUGGAAUGGUGAAAAAUAAAAAUAGAUGUACGUCUGCAAACUAUGAUGCUCUGGAGUGCAUUUUCUGUUGCCGGGGCGACUUUUGUAAGAACACAAGUAAUGAAUAUUUGACACAUAAUAUCACGUUUUACCUAUCUUUCCCAAGAACAAUCAAUUAUAGUAAGAUUGAACAUAAGGCAAUUGAAAAGUAUAUAGGCGCAACUAUAAGAAACCACGUCAUUCGAGUUUCUGUACAGCGGAAUUUGUCCAGUGUCUAUGAAUAUAGCUACGAGGUCAACACCACUAGUGUUCACUUGAAGUCGUCCAAUGAUCUGAGGUUCAUCUUGAAAGCAAGUAUACAGCAAUCGAUUCGUCAUGCUAGGCUUGCGAAGUUUAACAUAAACGCCAGCAAGUUAGAUAUAACUACUGCAGUUAAACUUUGUCAGAGAGAUGGCAUCUGGAAGGCCACGCGUAUGGGAGAAUCGAGGGAACAAAACUGUACACUGGCUUUUUCUAAUAAUUUAACUGAACGAAAAACAAGAAUGUGCAAUGAAUCGAUUGCAGGAUCUCCUUAUUGGCUGGAACCAGACGACAGUCGCUGUGUGGCAAAGGGACUUGAGCCCGUGCAAGAUGAGCCCAUCACAAAUGAAAGAGUCAGUUAUUUAAAAGACACGUUGAACAGCACUGCAAAGCCUGCGAGCAGCUAUGGUGCUAACACUAUUGACCGUGCAGUGGACAUUGUCGAGGAACUGCUUAUGCUGCCAUCCGUAGAGGCAUCCGGGGCUAAAGACGCUAUCUCUGCAGUUAAUUCGUUGCUGACAUUCAAGCAGGUUGCACUCAACGAGUUAGAAAGCAAGCACGAAACGUUUGGACGUUUAGUUAAAGCUAUAGACUGUAUUCUCCUUAACGUUUCCAUGGAGAAUGGUAAAUUUAUAUUUAUAGGUGAAUCGCUCGUAGCAGCUGCUGUCAAGUACGACUCUAAACAUCCUACAGCGGUUCUGAUGACGAAAAUGGCCAAGGCGUCAUUGCAUAGUAACAGGUUGGAUGUUCUACGAACAGGUGACGUAAGAGGUAUUGACCCAUACCAGUCUAACACAAUAGUCCUUCCUGAAAGCUUGUUUCAAUCCAUGGAUGGGCAGUCUCGAGAAAACUUUAGCAGGGUUGCAUUUACUGCAUACAAGGAUGAUAUACUGUUCUUUGAUCUUAAGUCUUCGGAACAAAACUUCAAUCUGAACGUCUCCACAAUAGUGAACAGUGAGGUCAUUGGCGCCAGUGUGCACACUACUGAGAUUAAGCAUCUUAAAGAUCCAGUUCUAAUUUCCUUUGUACAUAUUCUAAGGAACAGCCGAAACCCACAGUGCGUGUACUGGUCGUACAAUGAAGUGGAUGACACAUGGGGAUGGUCGUCAGUGGGAUGUGUUGUAGUCAAGAUGGAGAGCCGGUAUACCAGGUGCGAAUGUCAUCAUCUCACACAUUUUGCCCUGUUAAUGGAUAUACAUCCAGAUCACUUUGCAUUUUCCCAAACCGACAAGAUUGCACUGUCUGCUAUUUCGUACUUCGGGUGUGUCGCGUCCCUGGCGGCGCUUCUUUUGACCAUAUUGACCUACGUCAUAUUCCGUAAACUCCGCCAGGAUUUCCCACCAAAGAUAUUAAUGAACCUUUGUGCGGCUCUGUUUGUGACAAACUUAGUUUUCAUUGCUGGUAUGCAGGAAUACACUUUUAAGAAUCACACAGCGUGCACAGUCGUUGCCGUGCUGAUGCACUAUUCCCUGCUGUCAGCGAUGUCGUGGAUGGCGGUGGAAGCAGUGAACAUGUAUUUCUCACUGGUCGUGGUCUUCAUGACAGAGACUCGACAUCUCCUGCUCAAGUGCAUGUGUUUUGGAUGGGGGUUACCACUCGUCACCGUUGUCAUAACCCUCGGUUCUGGAGUCACCAACUACGGACUCAUUAGUUCAAAAAUCUGCUGGUUAACGAAUCCAGCGUUCUAUAUUGCCUUUCUGGCGCCUGUGACCAUGAUUCUGUUGUUGAACUGUAUUAUGUUUGUUCUUGUUCUACACGUGUUAUUUCGUGUUUCCGGUCGAAAUGCACUAAUCAAGUCUAGUAAGACGAAACUAUACACUCGUCUGCACGGAGCCGUUCUUUUAGUCGUCCUUCUGGGUCUCUCCUACAUGUUCGCCAUAUUUGCUGUUGGCAAGGCCAGCAUCUUCUUCUACUACCUGUUUGUGAUCUUCAACACGCUACAAGGAGUGUUCAUUUUUCUAUUUUACUGCAUACUUAAGAAGGACGCACUCUAUGAGUGGAAAACAUUAUUGUACGAAUCAAGAUCAAAAUCACAAACUGCCUCACGUAAUGUUGCUCCUCGGGAGUCUCUCAUCGAGAACGUCAAUCCCAUCCUACAGUAUGAAAAAGACGAACCGUGCAUCGAAGUACAGAUUGCCUCAUGCAACACUGAUACUCAGACUGAGUCUGUGGAGGAUAUGGAAUUCGACACCACCAUCACGGAAAACGUAACGUCCUAACUACGGACGGACUAAAGACGUACCGUGCCAGGUCGGGUCAGGUCUAAGGACUUAAUGUGCACAUUCAGAGAAAGCUGUUGUAGCGCACGCCUGUCAUGGGCGCAUGUCUCGGCCUAUGCCGGCUCCUCCGUCCAGGACAGGACGUACCGUGUGCAGGGAUCGAACUUGAGAAUUUGUUUCCCCACAGAUUUUUGUAAAAAUUGCCAUGGGUGAAACAGCCCAACGACAGGAAUUUUAAUCAUAUAUAUAUAUAUAUAUAUAUAUAUAUAUAUAUAUAUAUAUUUAAAUAGACUUUUGCAGCAAAUGAACAUGAUUGAAAUGUUAUUUUGCUGUAGGUACUAAUAUUAUAUACGGGCAGAUAAUUUACUCAGGUGUAUUCAUUUUGUCAUCGUUGAGGAGCUUUACCAACAGGACAAAAGUGCCGUCAAUGAUGGUCCUGACCUACGGUAAUUUAUAUCUAAACGACGGUCAGUGCCGUCGUCAAGUUUGAGCCCUGCGUGUGGCCAGCGAACUGCAUGAAGGUGCAAUAUCAAAAUUGCUUAAUGGCGAAUUCUAGUUAGGAAAUAUCUAUUUACUAUUGUUGUUUUUCAAAUGUAAACAUUACGUCUUUACUAUAUGCCCUUACACAAUUAAAACAACAAAAAUAAAUAUUUACUAGCAGAUCUUU